AUGGACCCGACGACGACGGACGAGGGCAUGGACCUGACCCAGGAAAUGGAAGCGAUCAGCCGCGAGAAGGAGCGCGUCGCGCGCAUCGCUCGCAUCGCCGAGGAGAAGUAUGCAUCGAAGCAGAAGGCGCUCGAAGCCGAGGCGAAGAAGCCCAAGUUCAUGACCAAGGCCGAGCGGGAAGCCGCGGCGCUGGCCCGCCUCCAGCAGCAGCGCACCAAGACAACUCCCGCGGCGACGUCCACCAUGCCAAUGCCAUCGGCGAGCAAGUACUCCAAGUUUGACGAGACGUCGCUCGACCGCCACCGCGAUUCGGAGCGCGUCAAGCACGACGCGCGGUCCAACCGCCGCCCGGACGCCAAGGCCGCGACUCCGCUUCUGACCGAUCAGGAGAAGGAGCUCGCGCAGCUGAAAGAGCAGUACCUUGGCAAGAAGGUCGCGAAGAAGAAGAUCAUCAAGGCGAGCGAGAAAUUUGCGAAAAACUUCCAGUUCGAGUGGGACGCGACCGACGACACGUCGACCGAGCUCAACCCGCUAUACAAGCGGCGCGAAGUGAACCUCCUCUUUGGCCGCGGGUACAUGGCCGGCGUCGACCUCCGCGAGCAGCGCAAGCGCAACAACUUUAUCACGGAGCUCACGCGGAAACGUCAGCUGGAGCUCAAGGCCGACGACGAAGCCAACGGCAUGUCGUCCGAACUCGUUGCGCGGCGCCAGCGUGAGCGCGAGCGCGAGCUUCAGCGCAUGCAGGAGCGUGAGGCAAACCGCGAAGCCGAGUCGGUCAAGCUCGCCCAGUCGGCCGCGUUGCACUGGAGCGAGAAGGCGCUCUGCGACAUAUUUCGACAUUAUUCUGCGUGGCGGCGCGCGCCCCGGCCGCUGCGCAAGUGGGACGAAGCGGUCUUGCCGGCCCCGCUCUUCCGCGCGAUCACCGAGAUGGGCUUCGAGCGGCCGUCGCCGAUCCAAAUGCAAGGCAUCCCCGUCGGCUUGGAGCGCCGCGAUAUCAUUGGUAUCGCCGAGACGGGCUCGGGUAAGACGGCGGCGUUCGUGAUCCCGAUCAUCGCGUACCUCUGCCAGCUGCCGGCCAACAUGAUUGCCCGGACGGCGGACGAAGGGCCGUUGGCGCUCAUCAUGGCGCCGACGCGCGAGCUCGCGCUGCAGAUCGAGCAAGAAACCAUCAAGCUCGCCAAGUACACGACGGUUGGCGAAGGCGAGAACGCGCACAUGAUCAAGACCGUGGCCGUUGUCGGUGGCCAGAGCAAGGAAGAGCAAGCGUUCAAGGUCCGGGAGGGCAUUGACAUCAUCAUUGGCACGCCCGGUCGUCUCAACGACGUGAUUGAGAACCGGUAUCUCGUGCUCAACCAGUGCAACUACGUCGUGCUGGAUGAAGCCGAUCGAAUGAUCGACAUGGGUUUCGAACAGCAAGUCGUCGACGUCCUCGAGACCAUGGGGGGUCUCCUCAAGUCGGAGAACGAAGACGAGCUCGAGCAGCAGCUCCAAGUCGCCGACAACCAGUUCAAGUUCCGCGUGACCAUGAUGUUUAGUGCGACGAUGCCACCCGAAGUCGAGCGGCUCGCCAAGACGUUUUUGCGCCACCCGUCGAUCGUCAAGAUUGGUGACGAGACGUCGGGCAAGAACAAGCGCAUCGACCAGCAAGUGUGGUUCAUGCCCGGCGGCAAGAAGCGCUCCAAGCUCAUGGAAACGAUCCGCGACGUGCUGCGCGCGCCCCGCACGUCGCGCGACAAGGCCGACGCGCCCAAGAUUAUCAUCUUUGUCAACGUCAAGAAGGAGUGCGACACGGUCGCCCGCGCCGUCGGCGCCGAAGGCUUUCGCGCCACGAUUCUCCACGGUGGCAAAUCCCAAGAUCAACGCGAAGACUCGCUCAAGGGCUUCCGCGACGGCACGUACGAUUUGCUUGUCGCGACCGACGUGGCCGGGCGCGGUCUCGACAUCCCCGAUGUCACGCACGUCAUCAACUACGACGUGCCGAGCAAGAUCCAAAACUACUGCCAUCGUAUUGGUCGUACAGGCCGCGCAGGCAAGGAAGGCGUCGCGAUCUCGUUCCUCACGGACCAGGACGAAGAGAUCAUGUACGACCUCAAGCAGUACCUCGAGGCGUGCGAGAUGCCCGUGCCAAAGGAGCUCGCGCACCAUGCGAUGGCCAAGGCGCCUGCCGGCGCGCGCGACGACAAGGGCAACGUCAUCGCCAAGACGAAGCGAGACACCAUCAUUUACUCGUAG